ACAUAGGACAACCUGUCUAUUCCCAAAGGAAAAAAUAUAAUAUCUCGCUGAACCUCAGUUCCUGGAACACUAUGGAAUUAAACCUUUUUGAAGAUCACCUAAACAGAACAUUUAAUUUGUGCUUUUGCAAGACUUUUCGAUACUUUGUAACGGUCAUUUUUUCUACGGUCAACAGUGACGUCACAUCAGAGUUCAAACAGUGUGCCCAGCUGCCCAAGAUCUCGCAGUAUUUACUGGCGUUGCAGCCACGGUCACACCCGUCGCACUCAUUGAAAAAGUCGAAAAUAUUGUGUGGGUUUAAAAAACGAAAACGUCGCCGAAACGCGUAGCCCCAAAUGCACACGCCAAGUGCCGAGUUGCAGAUACAGCCAGUCCCCAAGGAUUGCAUGCGGUGAAGAGCGGGGAAAAGUCGGAUAGAACGGAUUUUGGAUAGCUUUUAGAGGGCCCCACUACCACAACCACAGGACAGGGGCAGCAGCAACAACAACAACGAGAAGAGCAAGAAGCAGAGGCAGCGCAGUCGGCAGCGCAGCGGCAGAGAGAAAAGAUGGCGACGAGAGGCAGUGGAACCCGUGUGCAAUCGCAGCCAAAGAUUUUCCCAUCGCUGUUAUCCAAGCUCCACGGCGCCAUCUCGGAAGCUUGCGUCUCCCAGCGCCUGUCCACCGAUAAGAAGACGCUGGAGAAGACCUGGAAGCUGAUGGACAAGGUGGUGAAGCUAUGCCAACAGCCCAAGAUGAACCUUAAGAACAGUCCACCGUUCAUAUUGGACAUCCUGCCGGAUACGUAUCAGCGCCUGCGAUUGAUCUACUCGAAGAACGAGGACCAGAUGCACCUGCUCCAUGCCAACGAGCACUUCAACGUGUUCAUCAACAACCUGAUGCGAAAGUGCAAGCAGGCCAUCAAGCUCUUCAAAGAGGGCAAGGAGAAGAUGUUCGACGAGAACUCCCACUACCGACGGAAUCUCACCAAGCUCAGCCUGGUCUUCUCGCACAUGCUCAGCGAACUGAAGGCCAUCUUCCCCAACGGGGUCUUUGCCGGGGAUCAGUUCCGGAUCACCAAGGCGGAUGCGGCCGACUUUUGGAAGAGCAACUUCGGUAACAGCACAUUGGUUCCCUGGAAGAUCUUCCGACAGGAGCUGAACAAAGUACAUCCCAUCAUCUCCGGCUUGGAGGCCAUGGCCCUUAAGACCACUAUCGAUCUGACCUGCAACGACUUCAUUUCCAACUUCGAGUUCGACGUAUUCACACGCCUCUUUCAGCCCUGGGUAACGCUGCUUCGCAACUGGCAAAUCCUGGCUGUCACACAUCCGGGCUACGUGGCCUUCCUCACCUACGACGAGGUGAAGGCUCGUCUGCAGCGCUACAUCCUCAAGGCAGGCAGCUACGUCUUCCGGCUCUCCUGCACGCGGUUGGGCCAGUGGGCCAUUGGCUAUGUGACUGCCGAGGGAGAGAUUCUGCAGACAAUCCCGCAGAACAAGUCGCUGUGCCAGGCGUUGCUCGAUGGCCAUCGUGAGGGCUUCUACUUGUAUCCAGAUGGCCAAGCCUACAAUCCGGAUCUUUCUUCUGCCGUUCAAAGUCCCACCGAGGACCACAUUACUGUAACCCAAGAGCAAUACGAACUAUACUGUGAAAUGGGCAGCACCUUCCAGCUGUGCAAGAUCUGUGCUGAGAACGACAAAGACAUCCGGAUUGAGCCCUGCGGGCACUUGUUGUGCACGCCCUGCCUCACCUCCUGGCAAGUGGAUUCCGAGGGACAGGGCUGUCCCUUCUGUCGGGCCGAGAUUAAGGGCACCGAACAGAUCGUUGUGGACGCCUUUGAUCCGCGCAAGCAACAUAACCGGAACGUCACCAAUGGGCGACAACAGCAGCAGGAAGAAGACGACACUGAGGACAUGGGCGACUUCAACAUAGCCACCUCAUCGCUGCACGCACUUAGCACAUCCUCCACGGUAGCAGCUGAGAAGCACAGUCCACACACAUCACCCCGUUUGGGACGCCGGAGCACCACGCCCAGUCUGAUGGCUGUACAGAACGAUCUCUAUGCAGGCGGCACACCCACCCUCAGCCUGCCCAGCAGCUCCUGCUCCUCCAUCGCAGCAGCCGCCGCCUCCACAUCCUCCUCUUCAGCAUCGGUUGCAACAGUGGCAGCAUCAUCAUCAUCAUCCUCCUCCCAGCACCAGCAUCAGCAGCCCCAGCCCUCCGCUCCUCCUGCCUCGGCCGUCCUUAGCAAUGGAGGUGGAGGCGGCGGAACCAGCAACAGUCAGAAGAACACCAACCGGAUGAGUGCUCCGCUAAUAGGCUCCUGUGUGGCAAACUCCACCUAUGGCCAGAAAUUGCCCCAGAACUCCAGCAGCAGCAGCAGCGCCAGCGACAAUGCCUCCAGCUCGAGUUCAUAUGCCAUUUUGCAGAAUCUCCACGAUCCGGGGACACCGUCAACGGCGGCAGCGGUGGUUGCUCCGCCCUUGCCGCCCAGAAAAUCCUCACCGGGCGUGGAGACACCCAGCAAGGCGACGGCACCACCACCGCCCAGCAGCAGCAAGAGCAUCGACAACAUCCAGUGCAGCUUGGACAAUGUGCCGCCACAGACGACGGCGCCACCCAUUCCACCACAUGUCUCGUCCAGCGUGGACACCUUGGCCGAAGAUCUGAUGCGACAGCAGCGCAUUGCAACGAGUACAACAUCGCCGGUGCUCUCCCUGCUGGACGAGGACAUCGUGGAGGUGGGUCCGGCGGAAACCAUAAGCGGGGUAAUCGAUACCCGCCCGCUGGAGGCACGCGGCGUCACCUUGAGCCGGCAGGAUUCGGCCUCCUCUCACUAUACUCAACUUUGCACCACCAGCAGUGGUGGUUCCGCUGCAGCACUGGCCAACGGAAAGAGGGCCACACCGGCCAAGCAGAGCCAAACCACAACGACGACAACGCCGGCAGCGGUGGCGGGCAAUGGGGCUAAUCCUCUCCAGCAAUCGCAACCGCUGCUCUAUGCGAACGUGACGAUCAAUCAAAAAGACUGCGGCACAGUGCCCUAUGAAAACAUAAACCUGGAGUACAUAGCCCGGCUGAUGAACGCGGGCUACUCAAAGGAGAACGCGAUAACCGCUCUGGGGAUUUCACGAAACAACAUCGAGAUGGCCGGCGACAUCCUGCGCGAGUUUGUCUCCAAGAAUAGCGCCUGAAGUGCCAUUCCGGCGAACUGUUAAAUCAGAUGAUAGUGCUUCUAACAAAGCAAACAUAAAUCAAUCGCCAGUCGAACUUCUCUAACUCGAAUCAAUAUGGAAAUUUAUUUUCGAUUUCCUAAUAUUUAUUAAACUUUUUAAUAGGUUGUUCGAUUUUUUGAAGAGAAAAGAAUUAGGAUUUUAUAUUUGGAGAAAUUGUUUCUUAUAAAUGUAGUAAUUUUCUGUUAGGACUAAAAUCUAACCAAAAUAUUAAAACAUUUAUUGUUUAUUUUUAGGACAUUUAAACUGGAUUUUCAGUUUAUUUACUUUUGGUUAGGAUAUAUGGUAAAUUAAAUUUUAAGAAACUACCUGCAGAUUAUAUAAUUCGUAAAUUUAGAACACCAAAUUGCCGAAAACUCAGUCGUUUAACGCUGGUGCCACCCAAUUUUGUCUGGACUAUAAAAAAAAACAAGUUAGAGAAGGUCGACUGUAAUCAAGAAACAUUUGAAUUCGAAUCAUGGUAAAUAUUUUUCGAUUUAGGAGCACCAAACACACCCCUGUCCCACAGCAACGCCAGGUUAGGCGACCCCAGAAGAUUGAACCGUAGAAAUCCCCACUUGGCGUAGCCAGCACAAGCAAUUCGUUUCCCCGUUCGAAAAGUUAUUAAAGAAAAAAAUUAAAAUAUUGCUGGAAAGGCGAAAAAAAAUUAUGCACAACCUUUGGAUAUCAAAUAUAGUUAUGUACACUUAAAUUAAGACUAUCUAACUUCUUCCUAUUAAGAGCAAACAAAUAUAUAAGAAAUUAUAGCUCGUAUAUACGCAGUUCUGGAAGGAAAAAGAAAAACUUGCCCACCCCAAAAACACACGAAAAAUAAAUUAACAUUUUCUCUCGCUCUCUCGUAUAGAAUAACGAAUCAAAAACAAAAGAAAAGACAAGAUCAGAUCUGGUCUACAUAUUGCAUCUCAAGUAGGUCAAUGCUUUCUUUCACUGUCAUGAGCAUGAGCCCAUUUAUAAGUCCAUCGAUCCAUCCGAAAUAAAAAGAAAAAAAUAUUCUAAUUGGAUGCCUCAUCGUAGCAAAUCAGAAUCGAACACAGCCAUUAUUGAAAUGCCUUCGGUGGCAAAUGCCUCCAAAAAAACACAGAACUCUGAGUUUCCCCCUAACACCAAUUGCAAGCAAGGAUUACCACAGUAAAGGACACAACACCAAAACAGAUCCGAUGCACUAUCAAGUUUACCUCGAUUUUUUAUACAAAGCUCGAACGUUUUUGUAAUAGUACGUGUAAGUUCGAAUCGAAUCAAUUAAUCUCCCAAACAAAGUUAAACGAGAAAAUAAUCAAUUCAAUUUGUAUUACGAAUCCCUUUUUACUGGCUUUAUAUACGAAAAUCGAUCGAUCGGUUUUUAAAUUCGUCAAAAAAAUUCUAGUCCCACACAAGAACACCAUUUUUGCCAUACUCGUAUAUCUACUAAACCUAAGCGAUAUAUAUUUAUAACUAGGCGAUAUAUUAAACGUGCGACAACCAAAAAUCGAAUCGAAUCGAAAUCAAUGCAAUAUAUUCACUAAACGAGAAAUCAAUGCAAGCGUUAAAUCAUAAGAUAUUUGACAUAACCUCAACACAUACGAGUAUAGAAGUAUAUAAACGAAAAACGAAAGGAUCUUGAAUUUUAAGCAGUAUAAGAACAAAAGAAACAAAUUGCAACUCCCAGAGAGCCCAGCAACCGAAAGGAAAAGUCAAUAAACUGUAAAGUUUAAAGAAGCGUACGAGAGUCUAAAGUGAAGGAAAUGAGAAACGAAGAUACCAUACCAUAGUCAUGUCAUGUAACCGAACAAAUCUAAGCAGAUAUAAAUUAUUCUUAUA